AUGUUUCUACAAGCUUUGAGAGUCGCUGUUCCAAGAACUACCCGCUCAUUCGGAUCCACUCGUGUUACUGCCAAUGCCAUUCAAGAUCUAUACCUAAGAGAAAUCAAGAGCGUCAAGCUACAGCCACUUAGUACCAAAGACGCUGAAGCCAGCGUGAAGCAAUGGAGUGCUCCAAAGGCGCCCCAGACGCCAGAAUUGGAGGGCCAAGGUCCAGAAGCGUUGAAGGCCUACGCUGAAGAGGAUGUGCAAGUUUCUAAGACCAAGGAAGAAUCGUCUGCUGAGGCUGAAGACCAAGAUUGGUUGGUCUUGGAAGAAAUCGAGGAAGACACUCACCACUGA